GAAAACGAGACAGACAAAUAAUUCUCGUUCUUUUUCUGCUUACUUCGCCGCCAUCUUUGUGCACGUGUAAAAGAAACACUUUACGAUGACGAACCCCAAAGGAAAACGUCGAGGAACACGCUAUAUGUUUGCACGACCUUUCAGAAAACAUGGGCCAAACAAAAUGUCCACAUAUUUAAAGGUUUAUAAGAUGGGUGACAUAGUUGAUAUAAAGGGUGAUGGUGCUAUUCAGAAAGGCAUGCCACACAAAUCAUAUCAUGGUAAAACUGGUAGAGUAUUCAAUGUCACCAAAAGUGGCUUGGGAAUUAUUGUUAACAAACAAGUCAAAGGUAGAAUAUUUGCUAAAAGAAUCAAUGUUCGAAUUGAGCAUGUUCGUCAUUCGAAAUGCCGAGAUGAUUUUUUAAGACGUGUGAAAGAAAAUGACAAGAAAAAGAAACAAGCUCAGGAAGAAGGGGUAAAAGUCAAUCUAAAACGACAGCCUGUGGCACCUAGAGAAGCACAUUUUGUCAAAAACAGAGGAAAGGAACCUGAACUUCUUGAGCCUAUCCCAUAUGAGUUUAUUAUAUAAAUUCCCUAUUUGAUGAAAAAUAAAAUUGAAAAUUGCUGUCCAA